AGACCCAGCGGUAUAUACGUUGUUCGAUGACACAGCCAGUAUAAGUGUCAACCUACGACCACGCUCGUUUGGGGACGCCGUUCUCGCAUGCGGCAUUGACGGCUGGAAGGUGACGUGCCACGAUGUGUGACGUCAGAAUGCAGAAAUCCACCGGAAAUAAAACACGGCAAGGCGAUCGGUAAAUCGCGACGGUUCCCCAUCAGCGCCGAAGUGUACUACACGUGCGACGCCGACUACGAACUGCGGCGGGAUGUACCUGUCGUCUGCGGAGUGAGCGGAGAUUGGAUCGGGACGCCGCCAUCUUGCGAUCUCAUCCAGUGCGCUGUGCCGCCGAGCCUUGCUAAUAGCACCCACAGAGGCUACACCGCUGACACCGCAUUCACGGUCGGCGCUCGAGUGUCGUACGAGUGCGUGGAGGGUUACGGAGGCGUCGGCGGGAGAGAGUGGGAAGUGCGAUGCGGCGGAGAUGGAACGUGGAUUGGGAUCGAGGCUGUCGACUGCAUGCCUGUCGACUGCGCGAGCCCGCCACUCGUCGCGCAUGCGCACGCGGAAUGGACGUCUACGCACUACGGCGAUGAAGUGACGUAUGCGUGCGAUCAGGGUUUUACGAUGAGCUCAAACAGAAAGCUAUUCUGCUCAGCGGAAGGUGAAUGGAUGGCCCUAGGUCAGCGGGAUGGCACAUCAGAGACACCUGCACCUACCUGCGAGCGCCUGAGCUGCCCGACGCCUGCCGGGGUCAGCCACGCGGCGCGGAGGGUGACAGGGUACAACCACGGCGACAAGGCUCAGUAUUCCUGCCAACCCGGAUAUGAGAUGACGGGAGCGUCCAUCUUGACGUGUGACACGAAUGCGCUGGAUGCUAGUGCCGGUAGUUGGGACCACCCAGCACCGGUGUGCGACCUGGUGACAUGUAGUCACCAGCAGCCACCGACACACGGCCAGGUUAGCGGUGACAACAUGGUUGGAUCUACCGCGACAUAUACGUGCGACGAUGGUUAUCGUCUAUCGGGCGCAGCAACACGACUCUGUCGGGACACUGGAGAUUGGUCUGACCCGGCUCCCAUGUGCAUCCUUUCUGACUGUGGGCCGCCGAAGCAACCGCUGUAUACACGCACGCUCAGCCCAGACGGCUACAUGACAGGUGAGAAGGUAACAUUUACCUGCCUGCCGGGCUAUCGUGCCGUUCAGCAUAUGUCUACAACGUGCCAGCAAGACGGACAUUGGACGCACCUUCGCGGAAUGUGCACACGCAUGUCAUGUGGCAGACCUCCGAUCAACAAUGGUGCCGUCCUUCUCGGAGCCUCACACUACAUCGGUGACCACGUGAUCGUCACGUGUCCUCCGGGUAAAAAAGCGAUCAACAGUGUGCUAGUGUGUACGGAGCAAGGAACGUGGAGUGGGCGGGCAUUCUGCUCUGCCCACUGCGCUGCCGGCUGCCGUAAUGGUGGUGUGUGCAUCCGCAAGAAUCAGUGCCUCUGCCCGCCUGGCUUCCACGGACAGAGCUGCGAGCAGGCGAUGUGCAUCUUCCCAUGCAUGCACGGCGGAACCUGUAUUGCACCGUUCAAGUGCUCGUGCUCUCUUGGCUGGACGGGCGCCAGGUGUCAGCAGGCUAUCUGCGACCCCAAUUGUAAGAAUGGCGGACACUGUAUUGCUCCGAACACAUGCAUGUGCCCUAGUGGGAAAAUCUCGCAGGAUUGCCGAAGCAUUGAGAUGACGGAAGCUCAAUACUACAUGGCAAAGGAAGAACAGCAACGGUAUAUGGAAGCUAAAUAGAUAUAUAGUUUAGAGGCGGAAGGUUUCUGUGUAAUUCUUAUAAAUAUAUAAACUCUAGUAAAAAAAUCGUGUAUAUGCGCGCGCGAGCGUGCAUGAGCUUGUCGUGCGUGUGCGGAGGUUUGCGUGCAUUGCGUGCGUGUGCGUGUGCGUGUAAAUGUGUGUGUGCUUGCGCGAGUGUGUGCCUGCGCGUGCGAGUGGGCCACUUCUCCCAGAGGAAUGGCAUUUUUCUAAAACCGUCGUAAUAUACUACUUCGUGUAUACCUAGCAUUGGUGCUCUAUUCCACUUUUCGUGAAAUAUAUAUAUAUAAUAGCGCGUAUAUUUCUAAUUUAGCAAUAUAAUUAUGUAUGCGUAUCUAUAAAGUAGUUGUACCAUCAAAGCGGGAAUUUAUAUAUCAAAUUAAUAAUCAGUUAUAGCAUUAGAUCUUGCGAAAUGAGUCCAUAAUUUGUGUUUAUUUUAAAUGCAUAUGUAUAUGUUUAUUCAGUUUUCAUGGCGUGCCUAUUUAAGGAAAUAGUAUAAAUAAAGACGGAUUAAAAAUUCCUUAAUAAAAAAGAAUUUACUAUAACUGUAAUGCAGUAUAGCAGUACUAUUAAAUGCGUCAGCGCAUUUUCGUUUCAUGCGUUCGUAGGGGAUUCAAUUAUUUCCCAGUUUUUCGUCGUUUGAAAGUACACAAGCGCUUGCUUAGUUCGACUGUUUUUGUGUAUGCAAUGGUAGGUAACACAUAUCAUGUCUUUUUGCACAUGUCUUGGCUCUAGACCAACAUGUUUGCUGGACCCAAGCUGCACCUCUCAUCGACUCACGUCGGUAGUACCGUACAGUAAAAUAGCUCGAAGAA